AGAGAGAGAGAGAAACCUAUAGAUACAGAGUAUUACAGAGAGAGAGAAAGCGAUUGAAAAUAGAGAUAUCCACCACGGGCUUUUAGAGAGAGAAAGUGAUUGAUGAGAGAGAGUGGGGGCAAAUCUGCAGCGUUUGGUCUCUGUAAUACUCAGCAAACCUCCCUUUUUUAAGUGUCUCCGGUCUUCUUCUUGUCCCCCUUCCCACCUUUUCUGCUUCUUUUUCAUUUUUUUUAUUUUUAUUUUCUCUCCUCCUUUUCCGGUGAACUCCGCCGGAUAACCGUCGCAUUUACUUUUACUUCACUGUUCAACAGCUUUACCGGUGAACCUCCGGCUGUAGCUUCUUUCACUUUUUCCAAUCAUUUCGUAAACCCUAGGUUAGCUGGUGCUCUAAAUUUCAUCCAGCAAUGAAGUCUCCGGCGAACGGUUAUGGAUUCAGUUUACAUAAGCACCGGUGAAACUCCGGCGGUAGGAUUAUUUAUUUUCCGUUCAGUUAGUAAAACCUAGGUUAGCAGGCUGUCUGUAUUGCAUUCUAAACUCGCCGGUGACGGUUACCGAUCAAUUCGCAAAACCUAGAUUAACCGGUAGUAUUUCAUUCUGAAAUCUCCGGCGAACGGUUACUGCUGAAUAUCCGGCGGUAGAGUUUCAUUUUUCCGAUCGAUUAGCAAAAUCUAGGCUAACCGGUAGUCUGUAUUUCGCACUAAACUCACCGGCGAACGGUUAGCGAUGACUCUCCGGCGGUGGGAUUUUUCAUUUUUUUCGGUCGAUUAGCAAACCCUAGGUUACUCUGUAUUUUAUCUAGCAAUGAAGAUGACGACGAAUGCUUCUGGAUGUACUUUAACGACGGAGAAUCCAAGCGAAGUUGGAGAGAAGAAGAGCGUAAUCAAUCCUGAGCUAUGGCUAACGUGCGCCGGACCUCUGGUGAACUUACCGGUGGCCGGAACUCAUGUUGUUUAUUUUCCUCAAGGUCACAGCGAACAGGUUGCAGCAUCUAUGAAAAAGGAUGUCGAUGCUCAGAUUCCGAACUAUCCAAAUCUCCAAUCAAAGAUGUUAUGCAUCCUUCAUAGUGUCACUUUGCACGCCGAUCCUGAAACAGAUGAUGUAUAUGCCCAGAUGACACUGCAGCCUGUUCCUUCGUUUGACAAGGAGGCAUUAUUAAGGUCAGAUCUUUCUAUGAAAGUAAAUAAACCACAAACACAGUUUUUCUGCAAAGCUUUGACUGCAAGUGAUACGAGCACUCAUGGAGGAUUCUCUGUGCCUCGUCGAGCAGCUGAAAAAAUAUUUCCUCCUCUCGAUUUUUCAAUGCAACCACCUGCACAAGAACUAAUAGCAAGGGAUUUACAUGAUACCCAAUGGACGUUUCGUCAUAUUUAUCGAGGGCAACCGAAACGUCACUUGCUCACAACUGGUUGGAGUCUAUUUGUGAGUGGUAAAAGGCUUGUUGCCGGGGACUCUGUGUUGUUUAUUAGGGAUGAAAAUCAGCAGCUGCUAUUGGGUAUAAGACGAGCUAACAGACAGCCAACGAAUUUAUCGUCGUCUGUUUUAUCAAGUAACAGUAUGCAUAUUGGAAUCUUGGCUGCUGCUGCUCAUGCAGCUGCAAACAACAGCCCGUUCACGGUGUUCUAUAACCCAAGGGCUAGUCCUUCAGAAUUUGUUAUUCCGUUAGCCAAGUAUUAUAAAGCAGUGUGCGGUAGCCAAAUAUCGCUUGGCAUGCGCUUCCGGAUGAUGUUUGAAACUGAAGAAUCCGGAACAAGAAGGUAUAUGGGUACAAUUACAGGCAUCAGUGAUCUUGAUCCUGUUAGAUGGAAGAACUCACAGUGGCGAAACCUACAGGUUGGGUGGGACGAGUGUACUGGCCGGGACAGGCGAACCCGUGUUUCCGUUUGGGAGAUUGAGCCCGUUACAGCUCCAUUUUUCAUUUGCCCAACGCCUCCCUUUUACAGACCAAAGCGUCCUAGACAACCAGGAAUGCCAGAUGAUGAAUCAGCUUACCUUGAUAAUCUAUUAGAUAUGUCAAAUAAAGAUCCUGGUUUAAGCUUGGUCCAGUGGAUGAACAUGCAGCAAAAUUCUUCACUUGCGAACCCGAUCCAACCGAACUACUUGAGCCCAUUAUCUGGACCCGUUUUGCAAAACUAUGGAGCACCACAAAUUUCUCAAAAUAACUUGCAGUUUGGUAGUCAAAGGUCAACAAUGCCACUUGACCCGUUACAGAAGCUACCACAAGCUGCCACCAUGAGCCCAAGCCCAUUAGCCUCACUGAUGCAGCCUCAGGCUCAGCAACAGUUGACCGAUCCAAGUCAACAACUGAUCAGACAAAACUUGAUUAAUCAGUCCCAAGUUAAUCCCCAAAAUGUACUUCAGCAGCAGUCAUCGAUGCAGAAUCAACAUCUCUAUAGAAACCUUCAACAACAGCAGCAGGCGUCUGCUGCGGUCAGUCAAAGUCAACAGAACAACCUGUUGCCACCCCAAUUUCCAGAUCAGCAAAGUAGUCAACAGUUACAGAUGCCGGAUAAUCAAAUUCCAGUUCAACUUCUACAGAAGCUUCAUCAGCAACAACAAUCUACACCACUACAGACACAAGAUCAGCAGAGGCCAUUGGUAGAUGUAAGUCAAAGUCAAAGUCAAAGCUUUAUGAAGUCAAUAUUAACCAGUCAAACAAUGGACACGAAGCCUCAAACACUCAUCACACCACUGUCUCAACAAAUGUCAAGAAACAACAGUCAAGCAAAUCUUCGAUUUCCUAAUCUUUCCCAGCAACCUAAGAUUCAUCCAACCAAUCAGAUUUCGACAUAUGGCAGCAGUUUAUUGACCGGGACUGCAAAUGGGGGUGGUCAAUCCGGGGUCACUGAUGAUGUCCCUUCGUGCUCCACCUCACCAUCAGCAAAUAACUGCCCAACGAUGGUUCCAUCAUUGGUUAAUGGUGUAGAGAUGAUAUCUAAUACUGGUGUAGAAAGUCAAAAUGUCAACUUUGUCAAAGGGUCUCCAUCGGUCAAUGUCCCAAAAGGUCAAAACCAAGGAUUUUAUACCACCCCAACUACAUACUUGAACAAUAUUAAUGGGACCCACAUGGAUUUCUUGGACAGCUCAUCUUCAGCAACUUCAGUUAGCAUUCCUCAAAACAAUCAUUUGCAAAUUCAAAACUCCAAUCAGUUGUCUUCCAACUUACAAUCAGAUCCACUUACACACAUUGACAACAAUUUUGAAAUACCAUCAAUGAUUCAUGACCCUUUGACAACAAAAGGGUCAACAGGAGGUUUGACUUCUCAGUCAUUUGGAGUUCCGGACAUGGACUUCAUCCCCAUGGACAACAUGAACGAAAGCAGUUUGUUGAACGGUGGUGUGUGGGCCCCGCCUCCACAACAGCUUCAACGAAAGCGGACAUAUACCAAGGUUUACAAGCGUGGAGCAGUUGGAAGAUCAAUUGAUAUUUCAGCUUAUUCGGGCUACGAGGAGCUCAAACAAGACCUGGCCCGAAGGUUUGGUAUAGAGGGUCAACUGGAGGACCGGCAACGCGCUGUUUGGAAGCUUGUGUAUGUGGAUCAUGAAAAUGAUGUUCUUCUAGUUGGAGAUGACCCUUGGGAGGAAUUUGUGAGUUGCGUACGGUGCAUAAAAAUAUUAUCACCUCAAGAAGUACAACAAAUGAGUUUAGAUGGAGAUUUUGGUGUUGUUCAAAAUCAGACCUGCAGCAGCUCAGAGGGUGGAAAUGUCUAGAAACAAAUGCUAGUUGUUUUAACAUUUAGGUUAUUCAAACGUUAGUUUUGUGUGUUGAUGAUGAAUAGCUGUAAAAUUGUGUAACUUAGGUAGAGAGAGAGAGAGAGCAUUGAGAGUGUAUAGUAUUAUAUUCAGAACCAGUUACUGAGUAAUGCUCAGUGCUUUCAAAUGUUCAUCAAUGCUUUUGCAUCAUCAUGAUCAUAAUUAUGAUAUGAUAAUGAUCAUUAGUGGUUUAUCA